UUCAUUAUCCACUCCAAACUUCUUGCGUUGCCCAAGCACACACAGAACAGAAAUGGUGACAAUAAUGAGAGUCGCAGCACAAACCCAGACACAGUUACAGUUGAAGAAACACAUGAUAGAGGGUUUCGGUUCCAAAUACAUGGAAUUAAAAUGGGUAAGGCGAAGAACAAGCAAAAGCUCUCAGCUCGAGAAGACGAAGAAGCUAUCAUCAAAACCACCUUUCCCAAUUUACAUUUCCACCGACCCACGCCAUGUGGACCCGCACCGUCUCCGAGACCUCUUCGCUGAUUGCAACCACUCUACCCACCGAUUCCCUACCCGACCCGAACCCGUGGAUAUCCGCAAGCUCCGCACUGCACUGUCUCAUAGUGCCGUUCUUGUCUCCGUCUUCUACAACCCCCAACAUGUAAACGCCGUUUUCCAUCAGAAUUCAUCGUCGUCUUCAAUCGCGGAUAUUUUCAUGCCGGUUUCUCCUUCACGCGAUCAAUUGGUCGGGUUUGGCCGCGCCGUUUCCGAUUAUGGCCUCACCGCUUCUAUUUACGAUGUCAUGGUUAUUCCUUCCCUGCAGAGAAUGGGAAUUGGUCAGAUGAUAGUUAAAAAAAUUGUUAGAAUGCUUACAAAUAGAGACAUCUAUGACAUAGCAGCCCUUUGUUCGGGGAAUGAAAGGUUAUUUUUUGAGGCGUGUGGAUUUGGCAAUGACAUUUUGGGCUCUACUACCAUGAUGUACAGGAGAACUGCUCCAUUAACAAUCCAGGAAGGUGAAUAGACAGUUACACGUGCAGGCCGAAAGCUAUUGCCUAUUGUUGAUUCCACCUAUUAUUGAGGAACCCUCCUACGAAUCUUCAAGGAAAAGAGUCAAGCUGCAUUUUAUAAAUAACAAUGAACAAGAUUGUUGCUUGAUCAGCUAGAGGAGGUUCAACAUUGCCAUUUUUUAAGUCAUUUCAUUGUAGAUCUAAAUUCAAUUGAUGGAUAGGUAAAACAUGUUUCAGUGCAAACGUGGGAAAACUUGUGGCUUCUGGAAAAAUACAUUUUUUGUACAGAGCACAACCGAAUAUGGAAUAAACUGCCAAAAUUGUCUGUCUAAAGAUCUGUGUCUUCACGUCA